UCACUCUCAGUCCAGCGGUUAUAACUUUGGCAUAUUCCUUCAUGAAGACACAUUGUGCGCUCCGUUACAAGACCUUCAUCGCCAAGGGAUAAAAGCCGGUCUUUGUUGGUGUCGUCGCUCCUGUCGGUGUUUAUCCUCCGGUCAUGGGCUCUCUGUUUCGCAGUGAAGAGGUCUGUCUGGUGCAGCUCUUCCUCCAGUCCGGAUCCGCCUACAACUGCGUCAGUGAACUGGGAGAGCUGGGAAUAGUGGAGUUCAGAGACCUGAAUCCAAAUGUCAACGCGUUCCAGAGGAAGUUUGUGAACGAAGUGAGGCGAUGCGAGGAGCUGGAGAAGACCUUCGUGUUCCUGGAGCAGGAGAUAGUGCGCAGCCUGUCCCAGACGCUGCAGGCCCCGAGCCCGGCCCCCCCGGCCCCUCAGCCCCGAGAGCUGCUCACCAUCGAGGAGGACAGCGAGCGCCUGGCCCGCGAGCUCAGGGAGGUGUCCAGGAACAGAGACAGUCUGCGCUCUCAGUUCACUCAGCUGUGUCAGUACCGGGGCGUCCUCAAGCAGACUCACUCGCUCACCGCAUCACAGGGCCCGCUGGUGUCGUUCGAGCCCGCUGCUCUGGCGGAGAACAGGCAGGACGUGCGGCUCAGCUUCGUGGCCGGCGUGGUCCACCCGUGGAAGGUGCCGGCCUUCGAGCGGCUGCUGUGGCGCGCGUGUCGAGGAUACAUCAUCGUGGACUUCCAUGAGAUGGAGGAAAAGCUGGAGCACCCCGACUCUGGCGAGGAUGUGCAGUGGACCGUGUUUUUAAUCUCGUUCUGGGGAGACCAGAUCGGGCAGAAGGUGAAGAAGAUCUGUGACUGCUUCCACACACAAACCUUCCCCUACCCGGAGAACCAGGCCGAGAGGGAGGACACCCUCAAUGGGCUGCGAGGGAGGAUCGAGGACAUCCGAUCCGUGAUGGGCGAGACGGAGCAGUACCUGCAGCAGCUGCUGGCCCGAGCACUGGUCCGGCUGCCAGAGUGGCUGGUUCAGGUGCAGAAGUGCAAGGCUGUGCAGACGGUGCUGAACCUCUGCAGUCCCUCUGUCACCGACAAGUGUCUGAUCGCAGAGGCCUGGUGUCCUGUCAGCCAGCUAACCGCCCUGCAGAGCGCCCUGAGAGAGGGAGGGAGGAAGAGUGGCAGUAGUGUGGACUCGUUCUACAACCGUUUGCCGGCCACCUCUUCCCCCCCGACUCUCUUCCCCACCAACGCCUUCACUGCAGGAUUCCAGAACAUCGUCGAUGCGUAUGGAGUGGCGAGUUACAGGGAGGUGAACCCAGCCAUCUACACCAUCAUCACAUUCCCCUUCCUGUUUGCGGUGAUGUUCGGGGACGUGGGUCACGGCCUGCUGAUGGCACUGGCGGGUCUCUGGAUGGUUCUGGAGGAGAAGGAUCCAAAAAUGAGGAAAAAUACCAAUGAAAUCUGGAGUAUGAUGUUUGGCGGCCGAUACCUCAUUCUGCUGAUGGGUCUGUUCUCCAUCUACACCGGAGCCAUUUACAACGAGUGUUUCAGCAGAGGCCUCAACACCUUCUCCUCAGGCUGGCACAUCCGGCCCAAUGCAGAGCACUACAACUGGACUGAGGAGACUUUCCGAACUAACCAGUAUCUGGUGCUGGAUGCCAACGUCACAGGCGUUUUCACUGGCCCUUAUCCUUUUGGAAUUGAUCCCAUUUGGGGUCUGGCCAACAAUCACCUGACGUUCCUCAACAGCUAUAAGAUGAAGAUGUCCGUCAUUAUCGGAGUCAUCCAUAUGACCUUCGGUGUGUGUUUAUCCCUCUUCAACUUCAUACACUUCCGGGACAUCGGCAGCGUGUUUCUGGUGCUGAUCCCGGAGCUGUGUUUCUUGCUGUGUCUGUUUGGAUACCUGAUCUUCAUGGUGGUGUAUAAGUGGGUGGUGUUCGGGCCGGUGAACUCUGACUCCGCCCCCAGCAUCCUCAUCCACUUCAUAGACAUGUUCCUGUUCACUGAGAACAAGGACAACAAACCGCUCUACACGGGACAGAUGGUGGUGCAGAAGGUUCUGGUGGUGGUGGCUGUGCUGUCGGUUCCUGUGCUGCUCCUGGGGAAGCCGACGCAAGAGUACAUCACACACCGGAUGAAGAGGACUCAGCCCUCAGGAGACAGGCGUCCUCUGCUAGCAGAAAACGGCUCUAUUAAUGCCCACCAGGGAGAGGAGGAUGCAAGAGGAGAGGAGGAGGAGUUUGAUGCGGCGAGUGUGUUCAUGCACCAGGCGAUACACACCAUCGAAUACUGUCUGGGCUGCAUCUCCAACACCGCCUCCUACCUGCGGCUCUGGGCGCUCAGCCUCGCUCACGCCCAGCUGUCGGAGGUGCUGUGGCUGAUGGUGAUGCGGAUCUCCUUCCAGCAGCUCAGUUAUCUGGGCUCCAUCAUCAUGGUGUUUAUAUUCGCUGCGUUCGCUGUGCUGACCGUCUCUAUCCUGCUCAUCAUGGAGGGACUGUCCGCUUUCCUGCACGCUCUCCGACUGCACUGGGUGGAGUUUCAGAAUAAGUUCUACAGUGGCUCUGGCUAUAAGCUCAGUCCGUUUGCCUUCUCGUCGGGAUUCAGCGGCUCCUCCCUCCAGUGACCCAUGAUCCUCUGCUCACGGGACUCUGCUAGCGUUACUAGCGAACUGUGCUAGCGUCACUUGGCUGGGGCCACAAAACAUUUUAAAGUGCAUCAUUGAAGCAUCUUUCUUUUAUAUUUUAAACAUGAAUACAACUGUACAAAAAAACUCAGAGUUGAAAGUGUUAUGAAUCCACAUCCAUAUCUUUGACACUU